AGGAAAGGGAUAGAGGCAAAAAUAAAGGAAAGAAAAAGAAUCAUAAAAAAGAAGUUUCUAACCCUAACCCUCCACUCAGAAGCUGCACACACACACAGACACACAAUUUGCGCUAACCCUCGAUUACAAUGGAAUUUCAUUCUCUCUCUUCAUUCAUCGCAUUUCACUUUUCUAUCUAAAAUCUCGACAAAUCACACCUCACAAUUUCGUUUUUCCAUCAUCAACUUACUUUUUCUGAAUUUCAGGAGCAGAUAUUAAAUUGAAGGAUAUUUCGCCGAGAUUUUUCAGAAAUUUGAAGGUUUGGGUAGAUGCAGCAGAAGGGGGAGCCAAGGAGGUGGCCAGUGAUGAAGCAGUAUGAGCUAUCUCUUCUACAGCAGGGAACAAGGAAUUUGGCUGGACUUUUCGGCACUAAAAGUUAGAUGGCCAAGAAGAGAAACCCACUGGUUUUCUUGGAUGUGUCUAUUGAUGGAGAUCCUUAUGAAAGGAUGGUUUUUGAGCUCUUUUCCGAUGUAGUUCCAAAGACUGCAGAAAAUUUCCGGGCAUUAUGUACAGGAGAGAAGGGAGUUGGCCCCAAGUUGGGGAAGCCCUUGCACUAUAAAGGGACCUUUUUCCAUCGGAUAGUGAAGGGUUCCAUGGCUCAGGGCGGUGAUCUCCUCAGACAAGAGGGUUCAGCUGGGGAGAGUAUAUUUGGGGACAGAUUUCCAGAUGAGUCACCAAAGCUCAAGCAUGAUGAACGUGGUCUCUUAUCAAUGUCAAUUGCUGAUCGUGAUAUUCGUGGAUCAUUAUUUAAUCUUAUGUUCAAGGCUAAUCAAAAUCUUGACAGAAAGAAUAUUGUGUUUGGGAAGCUUGUGCAUGGACACGAAGUACUGAAAAAAAUUGAGGAUGUGGGUGAUGAAGAUGGUUUUAAACCAGCUGUCACGGUUAAAAUUUGCAACUCCGGUGAAUUUAGUGAGAGUGAAAAGAAAAAACUUGGUAAGAAACUGGGGAAGGAGGCGAGUAUCGAUGUUAGCCAUGAAACUCGACGCAAGGGGAAACAUAAAAAAUCUUCAAAAGAUAGAAGAAAGAAAAGAAGAAAAUACUAUACAUCUGAUUCAAAUGGCUCCUCUGACAGUGAUAUGGAUAGUACUGAGACUGAUACUGAUUCUGAAACUGAUGCAUCUUCAGAUGUUAGCUCAUCUAGUGAUGACAGGCGAAAGAAGAGAAAGAGGUCUUCUAAGCGAGACAAAUACAAACGUGGGAAGCGUAGAGAUAGGCGGCGUGAUAAAAAGCGCAGAAGGCAUGACAAGCGCUCAAGACGCAAGUCAAGAAGGGCAUCUGAUAGCCUGACUGACACUGAUAGUGAAAGUUCUGAGGAGAGCUCUGAGGACGAGGACAAUGCAAAGGAUUUUGAGAAGAAAAAUAAUGAUGAUUUGCAUAAAAAUGCCGAGAAUCAUUCUCCUGUGGUUGAGAAUGCUGCUGCCACUGUUAAUAAUCACAAAAUAAGAGAAGGUUCGGAUAUGUUUGAUGAUGAGGAAUUGGAAUCUCCUAAGGAAAAUGGAGGGAAACAAACCAAUGGCUAUGAAAGAGAUUCAAGAUCCGACAGAAAUGGAACCAGGCAACCUGAUGUGGUAGAGGACCACCCAGGAAAAUCUAGGAGCCGGAGUGCAAGUCCUAAAAAGGCUAUGAGUAAGAGUAUGAGUAUCAGUCCCAGGAGUAUGAGCAGGAGCCGGAGUGCAACACCGCGAAGGAGUGUGAGCAGAAGCCCUAGUGUUAGUAAGAGUCCCCCACUAGCUGUACAGAGAAGUCGGAGUCUAAGCAGAAGUCCGCUGAGGAGUGCGAGCCAAAGCCCUGCUAGAAGCCCAGAUAGAAGUGAUAGUGGAAGUCCACCAAGAAUUCGUCCUCGAAGAAAUGCCAGUGUAAGCCCAGUCACAUCUCCACCUCGAAGAAGUCCCAGUGGGAGCUAUCCAGGAGGCUCAUCUCGGAGAUCAAUUGGUAGAAGCCCUGGAAGAGUUGGCAGGAGCCCUGUACAUCCUUUACGUGGAAGUGCGAGCCCCGUAAAAUCUUCGCAUAGAAGUAUAAGUAGAAGCUCAGGUCGGCCCUCAUCAAGAAGAGUUGCUAGUCGUAGUCCAAUUAGGUCUCCAAGGCGGAGCUAUCGUCGCAGUCUCUCUAGAAGUCCUGCCCGUCGAAGCCCUCCCUCCAUUCGCCGUAGGAGUAUGUCAAGAAGUGCUUCCCCUGACGGUUCACCCAAACGUAUUAGAAGAGGUAGAGGUUUCAGUGACAGAUUCUCCUAUGCUCGAAAAUACAGGACCCCCUCUCCUGAACGUUAUCGAUAUGGUGGUCGUGACAGAUAUCCCAGUUACAGGAGAUACUCUGAUCGUUCUCCAAGGCAUUAUCGGAGCCCAAGAAGGUCACCUAUACGAUACAGAAGAAGAAGAAGCAGGACAAGAAGUCCUAGUGUCUCGCGAAGUCCUCCCUAUCGUCGCCGUCGCUAUUCUCGGAGUCCGAUUCGUAGUCGUUCUCCAAGUGAUCCUCCCAGAUAUCGUGCAUCUCCUCGUGCCGAGAAGCGGGUGUCAUCUAGUCGAAGCAGGAGCAGGAGUGCAUCAGUCUCAGGAUCCUCCAGAGGCUCCCCACCUCCAAAAAGAGCUAGCAGGGAUAAGUCUAGGUCUAGGUCAUCAUCUGGCAGUCCACCAGGGAAGAAGGGCUUAGUAUCUUACGGAGAUGGUUCUGCUGAGGCCAGCCCAAGGUAGAAUAGUAGCUUUGGUUCUGUGCACUUAUUCCUGCUAUAUGAUAGUAGUUGCCUGGUUGGAGGGUGUGGCCUAAUGCACAUUGAUGGGGUUAUGCCCUUCUGUUUGAAAUUACAUUUUGCGGAAAUUUGUGGGAUAGUAGUUCUUGUUUGUUGAGUGUACGUCGAAUAAUAGAUUUUACCAGGAGCUGGUUUUAGUUAUGGUAGUAGACACUGUUUGACGCUGUCAUGUAUCGGCAAAUUAUAUUUUUGCAGACGAUGUAUGAAGUUUUAGGUGUUGUCUCUUUUAUUCAACCUUUCUCAUUUCACUUAA